GGUCCUGGCUGGGUCUCUGUGAAUAAAACGAUGUGGAUUUUGGUUCUUCUGAUCGGUUUCCUACCUGGUGCAUUGAGGGCAGAGAAAUAUGUAAACGGAGUUGUGGGAAGAGCGAUCACAAUCGAUUGUCGCUAUGAUGCAACGUACCGCUCACACACAAAGUAUUGGUGCCAUGGAUGGAGUCACAAAUGUUCAGUUUUAGUGGAAACAAAAGGGCAACACGGACGGAGUGGACGAGUGUCAAUCACAGAUUACCCGGAAUGGGGAAUAUUUACUGUUACUACGGAGAAUCUUCGCUCUGGAGAUACAGGAUGGUACAGCUGUGGAAUUAAAACAACAGGUCUUGAUCCGAUGUUUAAUGUAUAUUUACAAGUAUCUGAGGUUUCAGGUGCUUUAUGGGCAGAAGUUAAAGUAAGAGGAGUUGUGGGAAGAGCAGUCAAAAUCGAUUGUCACUAUGCAUUAAUGUACCGUUCAUACCCAAAGUAUUUGUGCCGCAUCCGGGAUCCCCAAUGCACAUCGGUAUUGUAUACAAAUGGGCAAAAGUCUGGAAGAAUGACAAUCCGAGAUAACACAUCCCAGGGAAUAUUUACUGUUACUAUGGAGAAUCUUGUCGCUGAAGAUGUAGGACUUUACAGAUGUGGAAUUGCAACAUCUGGCUAUCAACCAGUGUUUGACGUGUAUCUACAAGUAACUGAUGAACGCCCGUCUGUUCCUUUGCUUCGAUUUUCAUCACCAACAAGUGGCUUAAGUUGUGUGGACUCCAUGUCAGUGUCCUGCGAGUCUGUCCAUGAAUCCCUUCCCAUUCAGUACUCAUGGUAUGAAAAGACGCCAUCUGGGGAUUCAAAGAUCUCUGACACCAACAAACUGGAUCUACAUUGUCAAUCCUUACAAUACAAAAAAUAUCUGUAUUAUUGCAAAGCCUCAAAUAAUCAAGGAGAAGAGUCCAGUGAAAUGGUCAGAGUGUCCAUCUCCAACAGUGUCAGCACUUGCAGAAAUGUGAUUGAAGUCAAAAGCACGGGGCCAAUUCAUUUCUGUGAAAAUACUGUGACAGAAUCGAUGAUGACUGCACAAAGGAAAGAAACUACUUCACCUCAAACACACACUUACACAAUUGUGCUCAGUGUCGUUGGGAUUCUACUCAUACUGCUUGUCGUUUGUGUUCUUUGUUACCUGAAGAGAAAAAACAAGGGAUUGUGCAUGAAUCCCUACGUAACAAGUGACAGAUAUCAUUCUCCAGAGAGGCCGUGCACACUGCAACAUGCCGCCAUCUUCUCCUCCUCCUCAGUUAAUUGA